CAAUGGCUUCAGCAGAGUCAACCUGUGGGAGCCGAGAUGAACAGCUGAUCUUCCUGCAGCGGAUAAAACCAAUCACCGGUCAUGAUGCCCGAUCCCACGCACGCGCUCUGUGAAUAGUUACCGGGCAAACUGACAAAGGAAAUAAUUCAAAGUUAAAGGGAGUCUUGUUUUUGGAGCCCGUCAUCCUUAUUAUUAUCUUACAGUUUAUUUUUGGGUUGUGGACCUGUUGAUCCGAGACGGACGCACGGUGCGCUCUGCGCAAUCCUCUCCUAAUUCUAAUGAUGUUGCUGUCAGGCGUCCUUGUUUUGACUUUUUCCUGCUUUUUGGCUCCUCUGCUUCUCUGUUACCUGCCUGAAGUCUCAGCACAGAAGUCUGGCUCGCGGUGGCUGAUUGGAGACAGAGACAGUCACUGUGGGAUCAGCUGCUCACGGACUCUUGGCAAGUCGGUGUGCGGUUCCGAUGGGCGGAGCUAUGAGACGGGCUGCGAACUUCAGAAGGCACGCUGCAGAGAUAAGACUCUAACACUGGCACACAGAGGCAGGUGUCGAGCUAAAAGCUUCCAGCAUCCGGUGGCUCCAGCUCCAACGUCCAGCCUCGAAGGGAGGGAUGUCGAAUCUAAAGAUGCGAGUCAGUCCAAGUGCCGUUUGGAGAGGAACGCCGCUCUGGAGCUGUCACGGAGGCCUCAGGAGGCCAUUUUUAUCCCAGAAUGCAACGAGGAUGGAACAUAUGCCCAGGUUCAGUGCCAUACUCUGACGGGUUAUUGCUGGUGUGUCACCAACGAUGGCAAGCCAGUGAGUGGCUCCUCUGUGCACAACAGGACACCAGUGUGUUCAGGAAAUCUCAGUGAAUAUAUGGGAACUCAUGCUGGGAAGAGUGGACUGUCAGAGUCGGUAACUGAUAAACCACCUGGGACACCGACCACCGGUAAAAGAGGAAUGUUCCAGAUUCACCAACAACUGCUCAGUGUCUCUUUCCGUUUCUUUCUCACUCUGAAUCCAGAUGAGGGCUCCAAGCCCACACCCACCAUGGAGACCCACAUCUCCCCUGAGGGUGAAGAGAUAACCGCUCCAACACUCUGGAAAAAACAGCUGGUUUCUCAGGAGAAUAAGCAAAACAGCUCCACUGUCAGAAGGCAAGGUUCCUUCACUCUUUGGAGCAAUGCUUGUUGCUGGUUCCAAGAACUUAGUGAGAGACAGAUCGCCCUGGACGAGGCUGGGAGGAGUCCUCACAGAGACUUUUUUAUUCCAGACUGUGGGACCGGAGGUCUUUACAAGGCAGUCCAGUGCCACCAGUCCACUGGCUACUGCUGGUGUGUUCUGGUGGACACGGGACGGCCCAUUCCAGGAACGUCCACCAGGUACAAGACGCCGGAGUGUGACGAAGCUGCACGAUCCCAAAUCUCAGGGGCAUAUGAUCCAUUUCAGGACAGACCGCUUACAGGCUGCCCGGAGGGGAAGAAAGUGGAAUUCGUUACAAGCUUGUUAGAUGCCCUCACCACAGACAUGGUGCAGGCCAUAAACUCACCAGCCCCCUCUGGUGGCGGGAGGUUUGUUGAACCUGACCCCAGUCACACUCUGGAGGAACGAGUGGUGCACUGGUACUUUGCCCAGCUGGACAACAACAGCAGCCACGACAUCAACAAGAAAGAAUUAAAACCUUUCAAGAGGUACCUGAAGAAGAAAGCCAAACCUAAGAAAUGUGCCCGCAAGUUUACCGACUACUGUGACCUGAAUAAGGACAGGGCAAUUUCCCUGCAGGAGCUGAAGGGCUGCCUCGGCGUUAGCAAAGAGGGUAGCUCAGUGUCAAGUGGCAACCUAGGGGCAUUGCCAGGGUCACAUUUAUUCAUAGGUCGCCUGGCGUAAGAAGAGGAGGAUCAAGAGGCUGAGACAAAAACAGAGGGGCAUGGAGGAAACGCAUCUGUACCCAUCCUGACAAAGAAAAGGAAAACAAGAGAGGAGCAGAGAUAUUAAGAAUCUUUAUUUUAAAAAAUGAACAAAAAAAAAAGCAAAACAAGAAAACAAAGCAGCGCCAAAAUAUUUGCACUUUCUCUUCCCUAUGUUCAACAUUUUACAUGUUUUUACACGUUGUGUGUGUGUGUGUGCGUGUGUGCGUGUGAACGUGUGCGUGUCACGGUAAGAUUGAGAUUAUAUUUGCGAAGAUGUGACCGGCUCACCACUGGAGGAGCAUGUAUUUGUACGUAACCACAUGUCCCUGUUUGUUCUGUCUGCUGUUUUGAUUUGACUUCAUGUAACAGGAACGGACUGUCAUACUAAAGAUGUAUGCCUCCUGUUAGAUAUACUGUAGCUACAGUCCAAGUUUUACUCAAGAAACACAGAAAGAGUCAAAAUGCAAUUGUGGCUGAAUUCAUGGGAUGCGGAGUCUAAUUGGUCAGAACUAAACAAAAAGCUGCAUGAGAGCCCUUUUACUUCUGCAUUGAGCAUUCUUGUGUACUGAUGUUUUGCUUUAGGAAGCAGCUGUUUCUGUUAUCGAUAUGUGACUCACACCUUCAAGUACUUUUUGUACAACCUAAAAGAACAUGGAAGAUGUUUUUUUCACUGAAAAAAAGUUUCAUCUUGUCAAAAUACAAGUAAAAACUUUAAUGCUGAUGGCAUUUUCAAGGCAAAAAGGAACAUUAUGAACUAAGAAGAAAAAGCAUCAAUCUGUAAUAAAUAAAAUUACAAAAGUA